ACGAAUUCUAUUAAGACAAUUUAGGUAGGUAUAGGUAAACUAAUGAUAUAUCAUUUAUCUUCAAAAGUAAUUUGUCAUAUACACGUUUGGAAAUGCCCAGGCCGGCGCUAAGAAGGGGGGGUUAUGUGAUGUGCUGGUCUUGUAUAAUACUGUUGAAUAUAGCAGAUGUUGACGGGAUGUCAUACAUGCAUUCUAUUCCUAUCGGAAGGUUUCAUCGGAUAAGAACUACUUGGUGGAUACAUACAUCCGAUGCAGAUUUUCAAAUCGAUUCGAUUCAGUGUAGUAUUCAGCUGACGUUUUACUCCAAAACUUACAUACGAAGUACGUAAAGAAAGAAGAAAAAAAGACAGGGCAGUUAGUAGGUAAAUGCAGGAAUAAAC